AUGAGAGGAAGCAAAGCACAGAUCCGGGUUUUUGAGGAAAAUCGGGUCACAAGGAGGCUUCUGCUAAGGAGUAUGGUACUGUACAAUGUGUGCACACUGGUGGUUUACUUUAUAAACAAGGAAAGAAACAUGCUGGUGUAUUUGGCCAGAUCCGUCCCUGAAGCGCUCGCCGUCUACUAUCUCUAUAGAAUCUCGACGCCUGUCAUUGCUUUGAACGGGGGCACAAAAACAUUAGUGAGUCCCGGUGCAGCCCUCAAUGGAAAGGGCCAUGUCAGUGUUGCAUUUGACUUUCUGUUUAUCUCGAUGCUUGUGAAGCUUCUGCUACUCUACUCUGGAAAGUCGUGGCUGCUAUAUCUUUUCUUUGUUAUCUCUUGUUGCUAUGAGUUUUUGUAUAAGCCACUUACAGCUCUGAAGAAAAGCACAAAAUAA